AUGGAAACAAAGCCAAGUGAGAUCAGUAGCACAAAGAUGUUUGGUGGAUACAACAAGAGAUACAAACAUUUUAGCCCUACACUGGGUUGCUCCAUGACUUUCCACAUCUAUUUCCCUCCUUCUCCUUCCCCUUCUCACAAAUUCCCUGUGCUGUAUUGGCUCUCUGGUCUUACCUGCACUGAUGAGAACUUUAUAGCUAAAUCAGGAGCUCAACGCGUUGCUUCCACCGAGGGCAUUGUCCUGAUUGCUCCUGAUACAUCUCCAAGAGGCCUGAAUGUGGAAGGAGAGGCAGACAGCUGGGAUUUUGGUGUAGGUGCUGGAUUCUAUCUUAAUGCUACUCAAGAGAAAUGGAAGAACUGGCGUAUGUAUGACUAUGUUGUCAAGGAACUGCCAAAACUUCUCACUGAAAAUUUUCCGCAGCUUGAUACAUCAAAGGCAUCUAUAUUUGGUCAUUCGAUGGGCGGCCAUGGGGCUUUAACAAUCUACUUGAAGAACCUUGACAAGUACAAGUCGGUAUCUGCCUUCUCACCAGUUGCCAACCCAAUUAAUUGUCCAUGGGGCCAGAAGGCUUUCACAAAUUAUCUUGGAUCCAAUAAAGCUGAUUGGGAGGGAUAUGAUGCCACCUCUCUGGUGUCAAAGUUCCACGAUGUGUCUGCUACCAUUUUAAUUGAUCAGGGAGAUGAGGAUAAAUUCUUGCAUGACCAGCUGCUGCCAGACAAGUUUGAAGAGGCAUGCAGGAGUGCUAAUGUUCCACUUCUGUUGCGAUUGCAACCUGGCUAUGAUCACUCCUACUUUUUCAUUGCCACUUUCAUCGAUGACCACAUUCGCCACCAUGCUCAAGCUCUUAAAGUUUAA